UUUUUUAUCUUUCGGCUUCCUCCAGACCCCACGUUCUGUUCCGACAAGUUUCACAGUCCAAAUUCACACUUCUGUUGUUUUUGCUUUGAUCGUAGUCAAAUAGCCUAGUUUGUAGCUAUUUAGUAGCUCUCGGAAAGUGUUCAAUCUGUGGUGCGAAACGAAUCCUAAUCGAAUUAUAUAAGUACUAGGGACCUUGUAGCUGCCCGCCUCCCCCCCAAAAAAAAACGUAUCCGAGUUGUUAGCAGGGAACAGUAAAAGUACGAUGCUUCUGAACCGCAAUAAGGUUGGAGGACUCCGACCGGGAAAGAUAUCAAAGUUGGACAAGAUGGAUGCCCCAGCCACUUCGGAUGUUGUGAUUAUCAGCGGAAACUCUCAUCCGGAUUUGGCGAAUCAGAUUGCUAGUCGUUUGGGAGUAAAAAAUGGCGGCUGUUCAGUAUACCACAAGACGAACCGAGAAACGAUGGUUGAAAUCGGCGACUCGGUCCGUGGCAAGGAUAUCUACAUUAUUCAAACUGGAACCAAGGACGUAAACAACAACAUUAUGGAACUUUUGAUUAUGGCGUACGCUUGUAAAACUUCCUCGGCCAAAUCCAUCGUCGGCGUUAUUCCAUAUCUUCCGUAUUCCAAGCAGUGCAAAAUGCGCAAAAGAGGCUGUAUCGUUUCCAAGCUGCUGGCCAGAAUGAUGUGCACCUCCGGUUUGACCCAUAUCAUCACGAUGGACUUGCACCAGAAGGAAAUCCAAGGUUUCUUUGACUGCCCGGUGGAUAACCUGAGAGCGUCUCCGUUUCUGUUGCAGUAUAUUCAAGAAAGCAUUCCCGACUACCGUAACUCGGUUAUCGUAGCCCGUAAUCCAGGUUCGGCCAAAAAAGCGACCUCGUACGCGGAACGUUUGCGGCUGGGAAUUGCCGUGAUUCACGGUGAACAGAAGGAAUCCGAAACCGACGAAGUGGAUGGACGGAAUUCCCCACCAACGCUGCCCAAAUCACGCACCAUGGACGUGUCGGGGGGUGUUCCGGCUCAUCCGGCCAAGGAGAAGCCUCCGAUAAAUGUGGUGGGGGAUGUGGGUGGACGGAUCGCGAUCAUGGUGGAUGACCUGAUCGACGACGUCCAAUCAUUCGUAGCAGCUGCCGAAGUGCUGAAGGAAAGAGGUGCCUACAAGAUCUAUGUCAUGGCAACUCACGGCCUACUUAGCCAGGAUGCUCCCAGGUUGAUUGAAGAUUCACCAAUUGAUGAGGUUGUCGUAACCAAUACCGUCCCGCAUGAGAUCCAGAAAAUGCAAUGCCAUAAAAUAAAAACCGUCGACAUUAGUGUCCUUCUGUCGGAAGCGAUCCGUCGUAUACAUAAUAAGGAAUCCAUGUCGUAUCUCUUUAAGAACGUUACGCUAGAGGAUUAGGAGGUUCUCCUGGCGGUAUUUGAGAUGGGAACGAAAAGGAAGCAAAACUGCAGAAUUUCAGAUGAAGUAUUCGUUACGAGCUAUAUCACUUUAAAAAAGGAACCACUUUUGAUUAAACAAAAAACGCGUAGCUUUUGCAUUCUGAGUGUAUCUAGUAUUCCGGCGGGAUAGCAUUUGUGAUCCUUACCAGUUGAAACAGAAUAAAAAUCUACAUUUCGCAGCCUACAAAAUGAAACAAAAAUAAACCAAUAAAUGUUGAGUAUCUCACACAGCAAAAAGAAAAAAACCACUGUAGCGAAACAACAAAGCAAAUUACGAUUUAUAUUUUAUAUACACAUAAAACUUUUAUAUAUGAUACCUUUUAGCAUGAACAAAAUAAAGAGAGUAUCAAUGAAUGUA